UCACGUUGUUUCCACCCGUGCGUUUUUGACAAACGUAACGCGGAAAUUACGCAGAUGUAAUGCGUCUGUUGUAAGCGGCGCAAGAAGAACGUGUGUCGCGUGCGAGAUUGUUUUGGCCUCUAGUGCUUCAUCAUGAUCAUCCCCGUUCGCUGCUUCACUUGUGGGAAGAUUGUUGGGAACAAAUGGGAGGCGUAUUUAGGUCUUCUACAAGCAGAGUACACAGAAGGUGAUGCUCUUGACGCUCUGGGUUUGAAGAGAUACUGCUGUCGCCGGAUGCUUCUGGCUCAUGUGGAUCUCAUUGAGAAGCUGUUGAAUUAUGCACCGCUGGAGAAGUGAGGGGCUUUCUAUGAAACUGAAGAUGUACAUGCCCCUCGACCUCAUAUUUUCAAAGACUUGAUCCUAAUGGAAGAAAUACAGGCAAAGGCAUGGAGACGGCUGGUUCAUUAGUCUAUAUCUGAAGCAAGCUUAUGAUGUUGAAUUUUUGUUAAUUAGCAUUUUGUUAAAUAAAGAUUGAAAUGUAUCUGUUGUGUGGUUCAUAAAUUUUUUUUUUUUUAAAUCACAGUAUCUUGGAAGGGCAAGAAUAAAUUGUGUUUUUCACCCUUA